UGUCUCCAGAUCGUAGUAAAAAGCGUUUUAUUGAGCGGCUCUGUGAUAAUUUUACGGUUUUUGAACACAACUUUACAUUGUCUUAAUUCAGCAGGUUUACUUUUGUAACACUUUAGCGCUAUGUACCUUUGAUUAGAUUGUAAUGCCUUUGCAACUGAUGUUCUUGCAGAAAACAAAAUGGAUCAUUCUAUGUAUGUGUUUGCAUCAAAUGGAGUACCUCAAGAAUCGAAAUUGGCCACGUACAUGAACCGUCAAAACACGAGUACUCCGGUGGCAACGAAUACCAUCACACAAUCAUUCGCGAAAGUCACCCUCGGCUCGCCGGUCAAUUCUAAAAAAGUCACACCUCAAUCGCCCGAAUUCGUUCCAUCCGCACGUAUCAAUACAACCAACUCAUCAGCGUCCCCCAACUUCUUCAAUUCAUUCCCUGGACUGUCGGGCACGACGACCGGACCCGGCUAUCAGCGUACCGUCGCGGAAUCGCCACACAGUGGCACGAUUUCGCCCCAUUUAACACCUCAACCGUCACCGCCGCUCACUGCCAAUAACUGCUCGCCGAUACCUCAUGUUCCCAUUGAGAAGCCGGCGGUUACGGUCGCCGCCUAUCAGGAAAAUGUGGGCGGCACAACAUAUUUUUAUCCAACAUCAGCCGAAAAUUCCGUAACCACAAAUGAUACACUAAGUUCAGUCAAUAGUUCCGUCGGUUCGAGUUAUCAAGUCUAUCCCGGUACGCCAAGCCAUGUGACCGCCCUCAAAUCGAAAACUGGUAGUUCCUCCUUUUUUAUUGCCGAAGAUACUCGCAUGGAUAUCUUAAAUCGUAAUGCCCUCACCCUUUUACAGCCGGAUCCCGGGCAAUUUCCAGAUCUUCCACAAGACGUCGAUAAUUAUCACGAACUCUGCCCGUUAGAACCGAUACCGACCAAUUCCCUUCAAAAGGCGCUUAUAGGGUACCAAGCUUCGAUGUACAAGGCAACUCACAUAAAGACUGGCACAAGGCAUUGCUUACGAAGGAUACACGGUUUUCGACUCCAAAAUACCAAGUGCAUGACGUACGUUGAUAUGUGGAAGAAACUGAUCCAUUCCAAUAUUGUUCAGCUGAAAGAAGUUUUUACGACAAAGGCGUUUGGGGACAACUCAAUGGUGUUUGUCUACGAUUUUCAUCCCGGUUCGGAAACCUUACUUACAAAACAUUUUGCAUCGGACUCCAUGAAUGGUUACGUUGACCCCUUCGCCACCGAUCCAUCCGCACCUAGGCCGUACAGUCACCAUAAGAACUCCAUAUUGCGCCAUCAACAAAAUAACAAGUUACCCGAAGCACUCAUUUGGAAUUACAUCAUUCAACUUACGUCCGCUUUAAGAAUUAUCCACGUUGCCGGUUUAGCGUGUAGAAGUUUGGAUCCUACGAAAAUCAUAAUCACAGUCGGCAAUAGAUUAAGACUUAGUUGCCUCGGUGUUAUGGAUGUAAUUAUAAAUGAUACCAGUACAGCUUCCAAUCCGGUAGGUUUAAUUCAACAUUAUCAACAAGAGGACCUUACCUCACUUGGUAAACUAGUGCUGGCAUUGGCUUGUAAGUCCACGAUGGCUGUGCAACGAGAGAACAUAUCUACCGCUGUCGAAGUGGUUACUCGCACCUACACUACGGAUUUGCGAAACUUAAUUAUGUACCUUUUAUCCCCGCAACAGCGAAGAAGUGUAACAGAUCUAAUGCCUAUGAUCGGUGCUCGAUUUUACACUCAAUUGGACAGUGUACAAACACGCACAGAUGUAUUGGAGAACGAAGUUUCGAAAGAAAUGGAAAACGGACGGCUAUUUAGGCUCCUAGUGAAAUUGGGGAGUAUCAACGAACGUCCCGAAUUUAAUAUGGAUGGUACAUGGUCGGAAACAGGCGAUCGAUACAUGUUGAAACUGUUUCGAGAUUAUGUGUUUCAUCAGGUUACUGAAGAUGGUCGGCCUUGGCUGGAUAUGGCUCAUGUUGUCCAGUGUCUUAAUAAGUUAGAUACAGGUGUUCCGGAGAAGGUGUGCCUAAUGUCGAGAGAUGAGCAAAGUAUUUUGGUUGUGAGUUACGCAGAACUUAAGCAUUGUCUGGAGCAGUCAUACGAUGAAGUCUUAAACGCUUCAGCGCCGACUGACAAUGUCACAUAAAAAGAAGUAAUAAUAGUUAAUAGCGGCAUCACAUGAGGAAAUGAUUGGGAUGUCACCUUAUUUUAGAGAGUCAUAUAUAUAUAUUUUUUUUGCCAAACUCCAGUACAAAUUUGCAAUGCUGUGUAAACAUUUAUUGCCUAAUGAUAAAUGUUGACUGUUACUUGCAUAAAUUUAAUGGUUAAGAAACAUUUUUUACCGAGUAAUUAAUUGUAAAAGACAACUUAAGGAAGUAUUUGUGAUAACAUUUUUUGAUGUAAGAAAGUUUAUUUGAAUAAAGUCAUUCUUUACCAAAUGCGCUUUAUUUAAAUCCCAAUCAUUUCCUUUAUCCAUUUCGUGUGAGUUAGAACUGUUUUAGCUCUCGUUUAAGCUUUUAAUUUUUAUUUCAUAAUUCAACGAAUUUUCAUUUUAAAUCGUUUAAUUUGUGUGAGAGCUGAAGCGCACUUAAGGAAACUUUGUGAUUACGAGACUACGGGAUCUUUAUAAUUAUGUGAUAGGUGGCAAUUUAUAGGCACUUAGUCAUUGGAAAGACAUAUUUUUGUAUGAAAGGCAUAACGAGACUAAGUAAGUGCAUACAAAUUGAGCUUUAACGUAAUUCUUUCAUAACUCAUUUCCGAUAUUUUUUUCGGAAUUUGUUUUCAUUUUUGUGAAUUUAUAAGACCGGGAUUCUUUUUGUAUACAAUGAAAGUUUUUUUGUCUAUAUUAUAAAUGGCAUAGAUUAU